UGUUAAUUUUGCCAGACUCCUCGUCUCUCGUCUCUCUCUCUCGUUACUCAAAUUCCUUCUGUCGCUCGUCUGUUUUUCGGUUUCAUCGCUAUUCACUUUUGAAAACUGUGCAGCGAAAUUCUGGGCUUUCUGCGGUUUUAUAACGAAAAGUUGCCGGUAUAUCGUACAAAUACCAGGCAACAAAAAUUUCAGGAAUCGUCUCUUUCUCCCUUGCCAUGCCACCUUAUCUUGUUUGUCCUAUCACUGAAACUAGGAUUAGGGCUUUGAAAAAACCUUUUUUUUUGGCCUCAUCCCAUAGAUAAACGAGCCAAGCUUCAUUAUUCGCCAUAGUCUCUCUGAUUCUUUCGAAGUGUUUGAGACCAUGGCUUCUUCAAUGGCUUCUGUUCUUUUACAGUCCUCAAGCUUAUGUAAUUCUCUUACAAAGACCAUUUAUAGAGGAAAUUAUGGGUUUAUUACCAGAAAUAGAAGGUACCCAUUUAGUCUUAUUCCUAAAGCUUUGGCCUUUCAAAACAAUGGCCUUUGUAGAAGCUUCAGGGAUGUUAAAGGCACAAGGAAAUCACUGGUUUUAGGAAGAGGGGAACUUCUGAUAAGAUUUUACAGUUCUAAAGGUUCCCCUGGGAUGAAUGAUCCAGAAAAGGAUUCAGGAGUAGGUUGGCCGAUUCUUCGGAGAUGGGAUGUUCCAUGGAAAUGGCAAACUGUGUUUCUCACCAUGUUUGCAUGUGCAAUAAGCUUUGUUUUGACAGGAUUGGUGGAGACAGCAGUUGUACCAUAUCUAGGGUUCAAACUAGAGGACUUGAGUUUAGAUGACAAGGCUGAACUCCUCUUUGUGGACCAGUUCAUUGUAACUGCUGUUAUACUUGGAGUUGUUUAUGGUUUCACUGGCAUUUUCAAACCACUUCCAGAUGACAUUUUCUGCUACAAAUUGAAGGAUCCAUUCAAUCUACAGAAUGGGUGGCUUCUAUGGGCAGGGGUUGGCCUUGUUGGUGCGACUCUUGCAAUAACUUUGACAGGAGCUAUCCAAGCCUUAUUAAAUGGCGAGAACCCACAAAGAGAGACUGAUGCAUUGGUUCGCUUGCUACCCUUAAUUGGCAGUUCAAGUAUCAGCACUGCCUGUCUGGUGGGCAUAACUGGGGUUCUUGCGCCAGUUCUUGAGGAAACUGUAUUUCGAGGGUUUCUGAUGGUCUCACUAACAAAGUGGGUUCCGACACCAGUUGCUGUGCUUCUGAGUGCGGCAGUUUUCGCCAUUGCCCAUCUUACUCCCGGGGAAUUUCCCCAGCUUUUUAUACUUGGUAGGGUCUUUGUGUGUGUGUGUGAAAGAGAGAGCACUCUGAAUCAAUUUGUUCUUGUUUUAUGGUUACAAUUGGUCUUUUUCCUUGAGUAUGACAGGAGCUGCUUUGGGGUUGGCUUACGCUCAGACUCACAAUCUUCUUACUCCAAUAACAAUACAUGCUUUCUGGAACUCAGGGGUGAUCGUUCUGUUAACUUUCCUCCAGGUGAUAAGUUGCUCGUCCACCUCAGUUUUGAGAGAGAGAAGCGAAUACUCUCGAGUCUUUUCAAAAGAAUGAAAGACUUGUAUUUUAUUAGCUCUGAUCUUCUUUGUUUUGUGGUGUUUCUUCUUAGAAGCAGCAUCUCUGUGUUCUCACUCAUUAAACUCAUUUUCGAGAUUCAACGUGAAAGGGUCUUACAUUUAAAUGGCUUUUGCAGGUUCAAGGAUAUGAUAUACGUGAGCUAAUACAGGGAUCCUAACCAUUUAUGGUCGGUGAAUAUCCUUGUUCACAGAAGAGUUCAAUGCAUAAGCCUGUCUGCUCAGUCGAGACUGUGAUUUGUGUAAACAAUUUUUGUUCUUUUUCUCAAUGGUCUCUGAGCAGGGUUUUUAUGGCCUCACAUAGUUAGGCAGAAGUUUCAUUGUAUUAUUGUCUAGUGCUAAAUGAGAUCCAGAGGGAUGCAUUAAGCAAGAUUGUAAAUGGUUAUAUUGUUAAUUAGAAAAUUAAGUUUUGCUAGGCAGAUGGUAGUUUUAAUAGAUAACUAAUAAA